CCAGAAAACCGGCUUGUUGCGGCGUGGUUAUCACUGAGACCGGGUCAUACUUCUCUAGGCAAAUAUUCGAGGAUGUAGGAUCCGAUGCGUACCAGGGUAUUAAAAAACCAAUAUCUGGUUAUCACGGAUUUCAAUGUCUACACCAGCAAAAAGCUGCCAAGAAGAUCAGUUAUAGAUUUUCAUUUGACGACCUCAAGCUAGAAUUGGAGGUUAUCCUCGUUUGACACAUUACCGGCCUCAGCAUUGCAAAGAUACGUGACACCAAACAGCACACAUUGCCAUGCAGGUCAGUCAACACGUCACUGUCAGUUGGCAACUUAUUAACGCACCAUAUUAACGGUAAGUUAUGCUGCCGAGUUGAGGCGACGACAAGUCUCCAUGUGCGGGAUCGGUCGAACGACUGGUGCUGCGGUUUCCGUGUCGCCGGCGCUUGAUCGUUUUCUGAGUAUUCGAGGUCUCAAGCAAGACUUGGUCAACUUAUAUAUCGAAAUCAACGACGCAAACCAACUUCUCCUGUCUCAUUUUGUAUUUUACCACUUCCCCAGCCGAUCGGUCCUCCUACUUUUACUAUCCAUGGCCCCGCUCCCAUCUGCACAGGACCCAGUGGUCGAAGCUAACCCCGUCGUCACUGAGCCACUCGCCCUAAGCGACGACUUUGACAAAGCCGAGAAUGGCUACGCCGGUAUGACUACAACCCCCAAGGAAGCAGUCGCGUACCCUGAUCGAACGGGUAUGGCCCGCUUCGCCGUACAGAGCGUGCAUCUACGCGAGUGCUUCGCCGAGUUCCUCGGCACCUUCGUCAUGAUCGUCUUCGGUAUGGGCGUCAACAACCAAGUGACCAACUCGCAAGACGCCAACGGCACGUGGCUCAGCAUCAACAUGUGCUGGGGCAUUGGUGUGCUCAUCGGCGUCUACUGCUCUGAGGGCAUCAGUGGUGCCAACCUCAACACGGCCGUGACACUGGCGCACUGCCUCCCGGUUACAUGA